CAACAUCUUGUUGUUCACAUGCUGGGGCAUCAAUUAAAAGUGCUCUAACAGCUUUACCAGACAAUCUACAAGAAACUUUUUCAAAUGCAGCUCCUGCAUUUCAUGUCUUAAUAAUUUUAUCAGCUAAUGAAGUAUGUUCUUGA